GAGUCGGAUAAGGGCGAGUGGCAGAGCAGCAAGUUUCAGCGUGGAGUUCCUCACAGCUCUUUACUGACUCCGGACACAGAAUGGAUUACCGGCGGAUAAAACGAAUUUUAUUUGUCAAUGUAUUUAUGAACUGCGUAUUUAUUUCUCUUCAGGAUAAAGAAAAGGUGCUGUUGGACAUGGUGGAAUCCGGAGGAGAACUGGGCUGGCUGACCUGGCCCGAUCAGAACGGGUGGGAGAUAGCCCAGCAGGCUGUUAAUGGCACCUUGCUCUACAGCUACUUUGUUUGCAAUGUGGAAGCACGAGAACAGGAUAACUGGCUGCGUACCACCUUCAUCCAGCGCCACCCCACUGCCACACGGGUGUUCGUGGAGAUGCGCUUUCUUGUGCGGGACUGCAAUUCUUUCAACGCACACUCCCUAACCUGCAAAGAAACAUUCAACCUGUACGCUUCAGAAGCCGAUGCUGACAUUGGCACUAGCUUCCGCAAGGGCCAGUUCCGCAAGGUGGCAACCAUCGCACCCGAUGAAAUCUCCCGUGUUGGAAAUAUGAGGGUCAACAUAGAGACGAAGGUGGUAGAGAAUCUUUCCCGCAAGGGCUUUUAUUUGGCUUUCCAGGACAUUGGGGCUUGUGUAGCUAUCUACUCUGUAAGAGUUUACUACAAAACAUGUCCUGCCACAGUGAAGAGCUUGGCAGCAUUCCCUGAGACAGUGGCGGUGGCAGGGGGCGAGAACCAGGCACUGCGGGAGGUGGUUGGGGCUUGUGUGGAAAAUGCUGAAAGUGAGGACCAGCCGCGCAUUUACUGCACUGUGGAUGGAGAAUGGGUGGUGCCCGUGGGCCAGUGCCAAUGCAGCCCUGGUUAUGAAGCUGUAGACGACACAUGCCAAGAGUGUAAGCCAGACUUUUUUAAGGCCUCAGUGUCCAAUGAAGCCUGUGAGCCAUGUCCAAAGAACACCCACCCCUCUGGCCCUGCCGCUGUGAGCUGUCCCUGCCUGGAGGGGUUUUAUCGAGCUCCAGAGGACCCCAUGACAAGUGCAUGCUCAGGUUUACCUUCGCCGCCUAAAACAUUGACCGCUACCACAGCUCAGAUGGCCAUUGGGAAGCUGGAGUUGUCCUGGAGUCCACCAGGAGACACAGGAGGACGCUCUGAUAUUACCUAUAACGUGGUAUGCGAACGCUGUGAGGGUAGCGUGUGUCUGCCCUGCGGAGAUAAAGUGCGUUACGAGCCCAGCAAUACUGACAUAAAGGAGACCUCCGUGAUCAUUAGUGAGCUGGAGCCACAUCUGAACUACACAUUCACAGUGGAGGCCCGGAAUGGUGUUUCCCAACUCAGCUCUCGGAGAGCCACCAGCACCAUCAGCACUGCCCUGCAUUACACAGACCCUCCAAGUGUAACUGGAAUGCGCCUGGUAGGAAGGAGCUCUACGAGCCUGUCACUGUCUUGGUCCGUGUCUCGCCGAGCCAAUCCCAGCACCAUCCGCUAUAAGCUCAUGUACUGCGAGAAGGAAAAAGAUGAGGCGAAGACCGGUAAAACAUACACUGUGCUGGUUCUGGAGAAGAACAUUGUUGAGAUUAGCCAUCUCUCUCCUUCCACAGUCUAUCUUUUUCAAGUCCAAGCUCUUAGCCCUGAAAGCAAUGUGGGCAGCAACAGUGUCGAGGAGGAGUUUUCAACACUGCCAGAAGUGGGGAGCACAGCAGUGAUUCUUGGAGCAGUGGCAGGAGGAGGUGCUAUACUCUUAAUCGUGCUGGUGGUCCUGCUCCUGCGCAAACGCCGAAAAAACUCGCAUACAAGGCAAGGACCGGAGGACGCCUACUUCUCCAGCUCAGAGCAACUGAAACCUCUGAAGACUUAUGUUGAUCCUCAUACAUACGAAGACCCCAACACGGCUGUGCUUAAGUUUGCCAGCGAGAUUCAUCCGAGUCACAUCACCAAGCAGAAAGUCAUCGGAGCAGGUGAGUUUGGAGAGGUUUUCCGUGGAAUCCUGAAAGUUCCCGGACGCAAAGAGGCAGCGGUGGCCAUUAAGACGCUGAAGCCAGGCUACACUGAGAAGCAGAGGCAAGACUUCCUGAGUGAGGCCAGCAUCAUGGGCCAGUUCUCUCACCAGAACAUUAUUCGCCUGGAGGGUGUGGUUACAAAAUUCAAACAUGCUAUGAUCAUUACUGAGUACAUGGAAAAUGGUGCAUUGGACAAAUAUCUGAGGGACCAUGAUGGGGAAAUGUCAUCCUUCCAGUUGGUUGGUAUGCUCCGUGGCAUUGCGGCAGGCAUGAAGUACCUCUCAGACAUGAGCUAUGUACACAGAGACCUGGCUGCUCGGAACAUCCUGGUCAACUCCAACCUAGAGUGCAAAGUUUCCGACUUCGGUCUGUCCCGGGUUCUGGAGGAUGACCCGGAGGGCACUUACACCACUAGUGGAGGGAAAAUUCCCAUUCGCUGGACGGCUCCAGAGGCUAUUGCUUACAGGAAGUUCACCUCGGCCAGUGAUGUUUGGAGCUUUGGCAUAGUCAUGUGGGAGGUGAUGGCUUUUGGAGAAAGGCCCUACUGGGAUAUGAGCAACCACGAGGUAAUGAAGGCCAUUAACGAAGCUUUCCGUCUGCCUGCUCCGAUGGACUGUCCUUCUGCUGUGUACCAGCUCAUGCUACAGUGUUGGUUGCAGGAUCGCUCAAAAAGACCUCGCUUCCAGGAUAUCCUCAGCCUCCUUGACAAGCUCCUCAAGAGUCCUGACUCUCUCAAGACCAUUGCAGACUUUGACCCCCGAGUUUCUAUCCGGCUUCCAAGCACCAGUGGCUCUGAUGGUUCCCCUUUCAGAUCUGUGUCUGAAUGGCUGGAGUCUAUAAAGAUGAGCCAGUACAGCGAGAACUUCAGCAUGGCAGGCAUCGUCAGCAUGGAGCAGGUGCUGCAGAUGAAGAGCGAGGAUAUCCGUAACAUUGGCGUUCGCCUGCCAGGACACCUAAAACGAAUCGCCUACAGUAUCUUGGGACUUAAAGACCAGACUAGCACCCUGAGUGUAUUUGCUGUGUGAGGCACUCGAUGAAUAUACAGAGCUUGCUACAUGUACCAUCAAAACUCUCAAGCUGACUGAGAAAACUCAGAACUGAAAGCUACCCUGGGCUCGGGCUGCAGGGACAGCCCCGCAACCUGGGCUCUACCACCCUCCAGCCUAACAAGAUGGACUCUCAAUGCAAUGGAGCCUUGUAGCAAAUUUGAUAUAUGUAUCAAAAUUGGAGGGGAAGGUGGGGGUAAAGUAAAAACAUGCAAAUGACAUAUCAGUCAAAAUGUUUAUAUUUGAAAUCUAUUUUUGCAACACACAUUUUUAUUUUUUCAAGAGAAGUAAUGCUUACUUUGCAAGAGGAUAUGAAUCUAAUCAGCAAUCAUGCAGUAAAUCAGAACUACCGUUCUUCCAGAGGUAUAGCAGAGGUGGGCAUUUGUCAUGUCUGAUUUCGAAUUGAUCUUUCCAUUUACUUUGUGCCGUGGCAUCGUGUCAUUCUCUUUUGAAAACUUGAUCCUUCACAUGCUGAUAAGGACGAAGCUCAGUGAUUCUGAUGGUCUUCAGUUAGGUUGGAGGUGAUGAUUGCAGGACAGUCUAUGAAAAGGGGCAUACAACGCAGGACCUAAAGGGUCCUGUUGUAGUGUGGGCUGGCCAUUGGUUUGAUGGUUAGAAGUAAGUUUGCAGUAGCUUUACAUUUUAAAGAAAUGGCAGGGGUAAAGUUCAGACUUAAUUCACUGUGCUUUCAGCAAGCAUGAGCAAAAAUAGCACUUAACUACAAAAUAUUUCAGUGGAACUGUUUCAGCUUGAACGCUGGGCUUUUCCUGAUCCCAUGUUACAUUGUAUGAUUAUAUUGAUGUGAUGUGAUCAGUAAAAUGCUUGAGAAUUUAACUGCAGUGUCAUAUCAGAUUGAAACGUUCCUGUUUGUAUGAUGUGUGGACCAAACCAUAGUCCAAACAAGCAAAAAGAAACUGCAAGAAGUCCAGCAGCAGCAGCAGUAGUAGUUGUAAUAUAUAGAGAUCAAGUUGUAUUUUUGUAUUUUGUACUUUUCGGCACAUUCAAGUUUACUUUGUAUGAUGAUUAUAAUGCAGAUUUCCAGUGUCUUUUAUGGAACCAUCAGUUAUGGAAUGAAAUGCUUUAACAUGCAUUGACUACAUUGUAUAAGACUUUGCAAAACUGUCUUGUUUGGUUAAACUUUUGCCAUCCUUUAAUUUCAGGAUAGUGAUGGAGCUAUGGCCUUGGUAUGACAUGGUAUAUGGCCUUGUAGUGCCUCAAUAAGGAGUUCUUUUAAUUCCUAAUGAAUGAAUGCAAUGAAUUUGUUAAACAGUUAUUGGUUUUGUUGCUGUUUUAUACUGCGAGUGUGAUAUCUGGAUAUUCACACAAAAAGCAAUUUUGAAUUUCUUUUUUUGGAAUUAUUUUUUAUUUUUAAUAUUGCUCUGUCUUGCUUUUACCCGUGUUCAUUUUGUUAAGCAAAGAAAUGCCAUUAAGAAAACACAAAACCUCACACAAUGGCAUGUUCUCCCUUAAAAAGAAAGAUUUGGCCAAAUGUUUUGUACUUUUAUUUAAUAGUAUAUUUAUUUUUGUUUUAUUUAUUACCUUAAAAACAUUGAGCUGGAAUUUUUUUUUUUUUUUCUUUUUGUAAUUGAUGUUAUCAGUCACAAUAAAAAUCUUUGUAGUCUUCUGUCA